CCUGCCGUGAGCCGCCCGCUGGAGAUGCUACCCGUGCCCGGGUCGUCCGACUCGAACCUGUACGUGGAGAAGAGCCGGUGGAGGCCUUCCAGAGGAUACGAGCACUGCACCACCAACCUGGAAGCAGAUCAACAGUGUACACUAACGAAGCAAAACUCGGGUGACACUUUCAUCAUCUCCUCGCUCCCCCGCAAGCAACUCGGCCUCAGCCAAUGGCGUGGCGAGGAUGAGGACGAGGAGGAGGAGGAGGAGGACUAUUUAUCAGCCCCGCCGUGGCCGAGCGAGCGUCACACCAUCUCGCAGGGAUGCUUCAGCGGCAGGCGCGCGUGCUGCUUGUGCUUCUGUUGUCCGCCGGGCCACUGGUGCGGGUCAGCGCCGGCGACCCCGACGCGGCAGACCGGCUCGCGGAGGGCCUCGGCGCCGACGCGGCACUCGACAAGGCCUUGACUCGCUCGCUCCUGCUCAGGCUCCUCUACGACGCGGCGGCGAGGGACGAGGCGCUCCCCGAGCUGGGCGUCGGCGUGGCGUUGAUGCGGCGACACCUCCCGCUCUCCCAAAGAGAGCGCAAGGCGGGUUGCCGCAACUUCUUCUGGAAGACUUUCACCUCCUGUUGACACCGUGUCAUUUUCAUUACAUUAUUUUGUGUUCAAAACCUACAACGGCAAACAUAUGUGAUACUUUUUGAGUUUUUCCCAAGUGGGAAAGAACGCAGUUAAUUUACUGUACCUUUGUUCGGCUAUCGAUGCUAGCGACAUAUAUAGUAUAGUUCACGUUAAGUUAAUUUGUGAGUAAAUUGAGAAAAAAAAUCAUUUCAGUGCAUAUACGUUUUGUGGCAUAGGUGGUGUGCUGUGAGAUUUUAUGAUAAAAUAUGCGCCUUGGCUCAUUAAGAGUUGGGGAAAACUGCUUC